CCCGAACAGUCACGGUGUCCAGGUCAAACAACCUUUCUCUUUUCACUGCAACGAUGUCGUCGGGAGUCUCUAAAAUCACAACUGAGAGAAACCAGCGUACUUUGCUGGAGUUAGCAACCCAACCAGGGAACGACACUUGCGCAGAUUGCAAGUCGCGGAACCCGCGAUGGGCUUCUCACAAUUUGGGCAUCUUCAUAUGCGUCAACUGCGCGAGCAUCCAUCGCAAGCUUGGUACCCAUAUCACGAAAGUAAAGAGCAUCACCCUGGACGCGUGGACCAAAGAACAGGUCGAAGUCAUGAAGCGAAACGGAAAUAUAACAUCAAAUGCCCUCUACAAUCCUGAUGAAGCUCGCCACCCCCCACCCACCAACAUGAUGGAAGCAGAACGAGAUAGCGAAAUCGAGAAGUUCAUUCGAGCCAAGUACGAAUUUAAGUGGUUCAUGAACUGCAAACCUUCCAAAUUCGUCCCCCCUGCUCGUCCAUCUUCCAACGCUGUUAAUAUACGGCCGAAGUCAACUCCUGCAACGGACCCUGUACCAUUUAAACGCAAAUCCUCUCCUGUUCCUCCCCCAGUCCCUGCCAAAAAUGUCACCCAUGGAGGUCCUGGAGCGUUUAAUUUCCUUCCUGGUGCAUCAUCUCUGGGGUCUACACCCGUGCAACCCGCGAGAUCCAUCUCACAGCCAUUGUCUACACCCAACUCCUCUAUUCCGAUCCAGAAGCCUCCGGGAAACCAGGUUUGGGAUGAUUUAAUCUCAUUACAAGACCCUUCGCACAUGUCUUCUCUUCCGUUGCAAUACCAAUUACAGAACUCCGGUUUCCCAUCGCUUCCUUCCCAGCCCCACGCUAUGCCCCUUGCCCAGACACCUCUUGAUGGCUUGCCCACUCCGUUCUCGACUUUUCAGGGUUCUCACAUGAUGCCUUCGUCGAUGCCAUCGAUGAGGAAUACCACUUCAGCUACAGUGCCCACGCAUAUCGGAGCUGCUAGUGCGACCUCACUCGCAAGUCCACAGACUCCGUUCCAACAUCAAUUUUCGGGCUAUUCAUCUUCUAACACUCUCAACUCGUUUCCUCCACAGAUGAGUGCCGGGACACCUGCUGCAACACCCCUGUCUCAGCAGAAUUACUUCGCUCAAUCAUUUGCGCAACCCUCUCAGCCGGUGCUUGGUCAUAUGCAAGAUCCCAGCUUCAUGUAUGCACAAAUGCAAUCACAAGCAAUUCAACAACAGUACUCCCCGCAGCCGCCAUUUGCGGCUACACCAGGAUUUGUAGCACAGCAGCAGCAGCCACCGUUCAUGAGCAACGGGGCUUAUGGAGGGUGGCAGGGUAUGCAUGGCAAUUUCUAAUGGAUAGUUAAACAGCAGGCCCCAAAUUUCGUUUGGAUUCGAACUUUUAUUAUCCCCACACCCUCGCGAUAUAGAUGUUUAUUUGCGCUUUCAUACUCAUUCGAUGCGUCGAUUCUUUUACAGUGUCCUGGCCAAUUAUGUAUUAGGUACGGUUUUCAAACGUUUCUUAUGCAGUCCACAGUCUACCACAUGGGACAUCAUAUACUGCAGUUCAUUAUUAGGCCCGACGACGGAGAUAUCUUCCUGAACUUUGAACAUUGGACUCUUGAAUUGUAUACAUCUUACUAGUUUUCCUAGUGCAACAUCAUUGAGCUUCAAAUAUGGUUUCCAUG